UGGAGCAUGUGAAGAUAUUGAGGAAGUAGCAGUACAGUAAGGUAACAUAUUAACAGAGACAACAACGGACACUAUAUCAGCAUCCAGCUAUGCAGCCACCUCCCAGAAAGGUAAAGGAGAGCCAGCAGGUGAAACUGGUGUUCUCAGAGCAGCUCAGCAAAUUGCAGACCAAACAACAUCAGGACACUGAACUGCUGGAGGAGAUCAGGACCUUCAGUAAGCAGCGAGCAGCUAUAGAGAAAGAGUACGGUCAGGCUCUUCAGAGGUUAGCUGUCCAGUACCAGAAAAGAGACUGGCAGAGAGGAAAUACAGAUGCUAUCACUUCUGGGAGUGUGUUUGGUGUGUGGCGGUCAGUGGUAGAUGCUACAGCUCAGUCUGCCGCAUCACGACUAGCCGCUGCAGAGGGAUACCGGCGACUGAUUGGACAAGCCUCCACAAGUCUUCGCAAUGCAAAGGACGUCCGAGCUAAGAAAGGCCUGGAUCAGCUCCAGAGGGUGCAGGGGGAGGUGGUGGAUGCUCUGCGGGAGCUUCACAGGAUCAAGAAGAGCUACCACCAACUCAGUCACAUCGCCGGUGUGGCCAGAGAGAAAGCUGCUGAUGCACAGACCAGAGCCAGAAAGAGUGAGCAUGGGCUCUUCCACUUUAAAUCAGGACUACACAAGAUGACCACCAAGCUCAGCGCCAGGUUGAGAGAGUGUGACGACCGUUUGACUGAAGUUCGUAAUGAGUAUCUGCUGGCAUUAUCAGCAGUCAACGGCCAUCACCAACACUACUACACUAACGACUUACCACAUAUUAUGGAGCAAAUGGACGGUGAUGUUUAUGAUGAUUUGAGAAGACAUUUUACCCUGCUGUGUGGGACAGAGAUGGACACCUGUCUGGCCACACACAAACAGUAUGGCACAAUAUGGGAGAGUGUUGCUAAGGUGACCAGAGAGAGAAAUGUUCUGCAGUUUAUUCAAGAAUCCGUCUCCUUCAGCAAAACACCUGUAUUCAGCUUCCAGCCAGCUCCACGUGACAAGGUGUCGGCUCUACAGGAGGUCUGUGCUUCAGAAGCAGAGGGCUGUCUGGUUAAGGAGGCCAAGAAAUGGGCUACAAAAGCUGCUAAAGACUACAAGAUCGUCACCCACGGAGAGAGGGCUCUGCAGACGUUAGAGAGUCGGUUGAAGCUCUUGUCGGGGGAGACGGGGCUCAGUGUGGAGCAGAAGAUAGCAGAGGUGCAGGACAGUGUCAGGAAAGCCAAGCUCAGCAGGGUGAAAGCAGAAGCCCGUCUGGCUCUGUUGUCAGACAGCGUUACAGGAAUUGAACUGUGGCUUCACAACGCCAUGAACCAGGCGGAGGAGGAGCUGGAGAGAGAGAGACGCCUCAGUGAACAGAGGAAGUCUACUGAGGACUUUUCAGAGGAUGAGUUUGAGCUGACUGACUUUGAGGACUACGAUGAUGAGAACGGAGAUAUCUUUGCAGAUCCAGUGUCAGCAUCUGGAGUGUGUAUUUACCCUGCGGCCUGCAGAGUUAUCUACAGCUAUCAGGCUGGCCAGUCAGAUGAGCUGUCAAUCAUGGAAGGAGAGGAGCUUCAAGUGAUUGAGGAUGGAGACAUGGAGGACUGGCUGAAGGUGUGUAACUCGUGUGGUCAGGUGGGGUAUGUCCCUGAGCGUUAUGUGCAGUAUGUGUGUCUACCAGCAGAGGAUUCCACUCAGCUAGACAGUUCUUUCAGCUCCACCUCAUCCAUCGGAAAUAAAGAGAGGGCAGGGAGCAGAGGUGUAGCCAGAGCUCUGUACUCCUACCAGGCCCAGAGUGCAGAGGAGCUUUCCUUCCAGGAGGGGGCACUAAUUCACCUGAUCCGCUGUAGACACGCAGAGGUGGAUGAUGGCUUUUGGGAGGGAGAGUUGAAUGGACGGAUCGGGGUCUUCCCGUCGUUGGUGGUAGAGCUCGUCAAUGAUGAAGGAGAGGGGGAGGAUCGGGAGGAGGAGCCUCUCCCCACCCAAACCACACCUCCCUUUUCUGCCUCCAUCCCAAUCCCUUCCAAACCCGCCUGUAGUUCAGCCUUUAGUGCUACUCCCCCUAGCUGUGUGGAGGACAAACAGCAGGUCUUGCCUCCGAGGUUCGCGGACAACACAGUAGAGACUGCAGGCAGCAGCCACAAUUCUCCAGACUUCUCCAGCAGUCGACUAAGACCAUGUCGAGCGCCUCCUCCUCCUCCAACACAGAAGCCUUCACCUCAGCCUUGAGACAAACGCUGGAGUCACUGUCAGUGUUCACAAGAAUACAUGACCUGUCAGGACCAAAGGAACUCUGGUUUUGUGCCUUUUAUUGUAGUAUUAAACAAAUAACUUGUA